AUGGAGUGUCUCAAGAACAGCUUUGUGGAGGGUCAGCUCCUCGAUGGGCGGUUUCGAACGGUCGCCCCUCUGAACCACGGAUCAUUCGGUAUGGUCUUCCUUGCGACUGACACCAAGACCGGCCAAGACGUCGCCAUCAAGUGUCUGAUGAAAGGUGGGGCGUUCCCGUUUACUGCUCGUUUCGAAGAGCUGGAAUGUCACAAACGCCUUGCCUACCAUCCCAACAUCGUCAACCUUGUCCAUUCAUUCGAAACAGACGCUCAUAUGUACCUUGUUCUGGAGUACUGUGCGAAUGGCGAUCUUUACGAGGCGAUCAGACUCAACCGUGGUCCGUUGGAAACCGAGCACGUGCGUGACUUUAUGUUGCAACUCAUCAGCGCCGUCGAGUUCGUGCAGGCCAAUGGCCUGUACCACCGUGAUAUCAAACCUGAGAACAUUUUCUUGAUGCAAGACGGAUCCAUGAAGCUGGGCGAUUUUGGUUUGGUGUCCAGUGACACUUGGUGCCAUGAAGCGUGUGUUGGAAGUGACCGGUAUAUGGCCCCCGAACAAUAUGACCCCUCAACUGUUGGCUAUUCUCCUGCCAAAGCCGACAUUUGGGCCAUUGGAAUCUGUUUGCUCAAUGUCCUCUUUGCGCGGAACCCAUUCGCCACCCCAACCGAGUCCGACAUCCUCUUUGCCGAUUAUGUUCGGGACCGACAGUCGCUCUUCGACAUCUUCCCCAACAUGUCCCAGGACACCUUCGAGAUUCUCAGAUUCGCCCUCGCGAUUGACCCGGAAAAGCGCUCGCUGUCUGGCAUCCGUGACUCCAUCAUGCGGGCCGUCACCUUCACUACAGAUGACGACGCCCUGGAUGAGUUCUGCACCGAUGACCGCGAGGUCGUUACUGCCAGCGCCAACCGGGAGCCCCUCCGGACCCCUUCAAUCCAGAGCCCUCACAUCAACCAGGGCGACUCUUUCCCAUGGGCCAAAGCAUUACAGGCCAGCCCCCCUCAGGCUAUCCGCCAACUGUCUGCAAUUCCCGACAACGAGAGCUACUCGGAGGACCUCUUCCCGGCGUCCGAGACGGCUGGUACCUCGUGGUUCUCCGUCCACCAGGGAACUCCGUCGAUGGCAUCUGUCCUGGAAUCUGCUUUGGGAGACUCGUUCCGCUCAUCUGCGUUCCGGCCAUCUGCAUUCUACCGCAGAGAGCCUCGGUUCCCACCUCCUUCGGACCCGGUUCCCAUUACCGGAUCUUUGCCAAGUCACGCCACUAAACCAUUGCCCUCCCUUUCUAUGGUUUUCGGUAAGAAGAAGGAGGAACAAAUCUCAAAGAGCUGGAGCGACCUUUGGGACGAAGAGGAAGAGUCUGAACCCGAAGAUCAGGUCCUAUGGCAGCGACGGGAGCAGAACUCCCGUAGCUGGAGCCAUGAGAGCAGCAGUCCUGUGGAGGCCAACGUCCCCGAUCUCUGCAGCCCUCUCAGCGGUCUUCGGGAUGCCGGACACUCUUCGAUCCUCAAUGUCCGUGCCCAACAACAGGACAAGUCUCCUGUCGAAUCCGAGGAGGGCUCUGGGAAGACCUGGGAUGCCCGGAUGGGCACCCCUGCUGUCAAGACGCCUCCGCGCACUCCCGAGACCCCUCCCAAGAACUCGAGUGUCGACAAAUGGGCCGCGUUGGGCGACAAGCGGAGGAACUACAAGUCUCCAGACGCCUCUCUCGGACGCAAGAAGUUCCCGCUCAACAUGAGCUGGCGGAAGGACUGGGGCCUAGGAUCCUCUGGCUUCGACUACGGCUCCUGGGCCGCUAAGAAGGAAGCCGCGACCUUCCCAGACCGUCGCCGCCGUCCCCUCCAGGAGAAGGGUCGGCGUCGCGAUGCCUGGGAGUCCCCGAAGGCUAUCCAUGUGAAAAUAUCCACCAGCUACGAUGGCAGUGUCGACGAAGACCUCGAUCUUGUGGGUGGCUGGCACGAUCUUCACCUUUAA